AUGGGUAGCCAAACUGCUACAAUGAAUGAUCGAUCGAGGACAUAUUGGAGUCCAUUAAUGGACCGCUAUUUUAUUGAUCUUAUGUUAGAGCAAUUGGACAGAGGAAAUAGAGUUGGCCACACUUUUAACAAGCAAGCAUGGACAGACAUGCAGACCAUGUUCAAUGCAAAAUUUGGAUCUCAAUGUGACAAAGAUGUUUUGAAAACUCGUUAUGCAAAUUUAUGGAAGCAAUUCAACGAUGUAAAGAACAUUCUUUCUCACUAUGAGUUUUCUUGGGAUGAUGAUUGUCAAAUGGUGGUGGCUGAUGAAUGUGUUUGGAAUGCUUACAUUGAGGCUCACCCCGAAGCACGAUGCUAUCGAACCAAAUCAGUGCUGAAUUUUGAUGAUUUGUGUGAGAUAUUUGGCUACACAACUGCUGAUGGAAGAUAUAGUUUAUCAAGCCAUGACACAAGCUUUGAUAAUGAAGGGGGAAGCCUUGUUCGAUCAUGUAAUGAGCGUCCAAGGACAGAAUGGACUGCUGCCAUGGACCAAUAUUUCAUAGAGCUUUUGCUUGACCAGUUGGACCGAGGCAAUACAGUGAAUAAUGAAUUCAAUAGAAAGGCUUGGACAGAAAUGCUAGCCAUGUUUAAUGCUAAGUUUGGCCCUCAACAUACUAAACGGAUUUUAAGGCAUCGAUUCAGGAAACUUAUGAAAUAUUACUUUGUUAUAACAAAGAUUCUAAAAACACCAGGCUUUUCAUGGGAUACACAACAACAAAUGCUUGCAGCUGAUGAUGAUGUAUGGGAUGCUUAUGUCAAGCAACAUCCACAUGCACGAUGGUAUAGAUUGAAGACUUUUCCAAACUAUCAAGAUUUGGAAUUAAUAUUCAGAAAUUUGUCUGAUCUUGAAUUCAGUGAUUUGUAUCCGGAGAAAUACUACGGAGAUGUAGCAUCAGUAAUAAAGGCUGGUGACAGAGAAGGAAACCGUAACCCAAGUGUUACUGAUCGUACUAGAACAUAUUGGACACCUCCAAUGGAUCGUUGCCUCAUUGACUUGUUAUUAGAGCAGGUGAAAAAUGGAAAUAAACUUGGUCAGACAUUCAUUAGCAGGGCUUGGAAUGAUAUACUUAACUCUUUCAAUAAACAAUUUAAGUCUCAAUAUGACAAAGAUGUUCUGAAGAGUCGCUACAAAAAUUUGAGGAAACAGUUCUAUGAUGUAUUCAAUAUUCUUCAGCACAGUGGAUUUUCCUGGGAUGACAUAACGGAAAUGGUUGUUGCAGCGGAUCAUGUUUGGGAUGCUUAUAUAAAGGCACACCCUGAAGCGGGAUCAAUCAAAGUUAAGACCUUGCCUGGCUAUCGCAAAUUGUGUGUUAUAUUUGACAAGGAAAGUCCUGAUAAAAUAUGCUUCAGUCUAUCACAUAAUGCAAACUCUGGUGUUGAAUCACCAAAGUUGCAAACAGGUUCAAUACUUUUAAAAUGUGAAGGUAUUUAUGGGAACCAAGUCUUUUUCAGAGAAACUUAG